UAACUCUGAAUUCGUCCGUAUGAAACCUGGAGCAGCAUCCAAACCCUAACCACUUCUCGUCAGCACUUCGCUUUUCAAUUUAUCUAGCUUCCUAUGUAUCGUUCUCCCUCCAACUAGCGGCGGCUAACGGCAACUCCGGUCGGCGUCAGGGAAUAGUCUCUUUUUCGCGUGGAUCUCCAUCGCCAGUGUGCUCUCAUGCUGAUGCUCUUUCAGCUUAUGACCGCUGUUUGUCUAUGAUCUUCAUGUGCCACUCGUCGAGGAGCACAGAUGCAGGCAGCUGUGAGACGACUCGCCCUCUCUUCUUCCCAAGCCUCCUCUUUCUCUUCCUCGAAAAGGGUUUCCAUUGGCUCAUCUAGUGCAUUAAACCAGACAAGUCCCACUAGUCAGGAAAAAUCAUCUGCUGCAUCAGUUCCUUCUAUUUCCUGUAAAUCACAAAGAGGAAGGAGGAUAUCUAAAGAAGAAAGGCGUGCUCUAGUGGAGUCUUUCGUUGGAAAGUAUAGAGCCCAGAAUGCUGGAAUUUUUCCUUCUGUUUCGAAGGUCCAAAUGGAGGUUGGUGGGUCUUAUUAUGUAAUCCGAGAGAUGGUUCAAGAAUUGGAGUAUAAUGCUAAGUUGGCUUCUUUCAACAAAGUGAUUAGGCAGCCAGGAAAAUUAGAAGGCAGUGCUCAAAUUUCAGAUGCAGCAAUGUCAUCUGCGAUUGUCGCAGAUGAAAUAUUGAAAUCAAGUACUAUGAUCAAAGACGAGCCAUCAGUGGUUAUUGAAGCAGAUGCUUUGCAGAUUCCUCCAGGAGAGCCUGUAGGCUGCCAAACAGAGAUUAGCACUAUUGAGGAAAAUGUUCUGGAUGAGCCAUCAGUGGUUAUUGAAGCAGAUGCUUCGCAGAUUCCUCCAGAAGAGCCUGUAGUCUGCCAAACAGAGAUUAGCACUAUUGAGGAGGAUGUCCUGGACGAGCCAUCAGUGGUUAUUGAAGCAGAUGCUUCGCAGAUUCCUCCAGGAGAGCCUGUAGGCUGCCAAACAGAGAUUAACACUAUUGACUCUUCAGCAGACGUACCUGACCAAAAAGUAGUUAAACAUGCAAGGUCCAAUACAACUCUGGGGACAGAUAUGGAGGAUUCACAACCUAUUGAAAACAUCAGGAGUUCAAAUCUUGGAGAUUCACCAAGGGCAACAAACUUAUGGAGCAACUUGAGAUCAUUGGCAGAAGGGAUCUUUAGCUUUUGGAAGAAAAAGUAGGUCUUCAUCUGCUGCUUGACAAAAAAGUAGAUCUUCAUUUGCUGCUCGACAGAUAGCUAUGCAGGAUUCAGUUGCCUUUUAUCGUGGCUCGAUGUCUAUUUAGCUUCUCCUGGAGGGUUGCUAUUUUGUUUUGCUUAGUUUCUUGAAAAUAAUUUCUCCAACAAUCAUGGAUUAACCGACGACUCAUGAUUAAUGUGAGGUUUCUUCUCUGUUAA